UUGCGGAUUGAUUGUACGUACGGUACGGUAUAUUAUCGGGCUCAGAGAGUCGGCAGACCGAUAUGAACGUCGAAUCAUCGGAUCGGAGCUAAUAACACAUAUCGACACCGUCGUACAUCGAUGUUUACUCAAUAACUCGAUUAUUAUAUUUUUAUCUGUGCGUUAGUGGCCAGUUUCGGCUUUGCGGACGCAAUUAUCGCUAAAAACUUCAUUUAGUGUUGUGUGAACUUGAAUGAAUAGUGAAAACAGUGUUAAUUAGCAAUUAUUAUCUAAUUAGUGUGUGUUAUCUCUUGCCGGUUAUUGAUUGGUGAUAAGAGCAAGAGUUUUGGUCAUGCAACUGUGAUCCUUUUGAGGCGUAUAGAAAUAGGUUGACGUUUAGGUUGGUCGAAACCUAGUUUCUUUCGUUAGCGGGUGUAAAAAAGGCCUCAAGACGUCGUGGAUCGAGGGUUGUGCCAUGGGGUGCACAGUGUCGGCAGAGGAACGGGCGGCAAUCGCCAGAACUAAACAGAUCGAUGAAACGUUGAAAGAGGAGAAACAGCGCUCCCGGAGAGAUGUCAAACUUUUGCUCCUAGGUGCCGGAGAGUCGGGGAAGAGUACAAUAGUUAAACAAAUGAAAAUUAUUCACGAAAGUGGGUUUACUCCAGAAGACCACAAGCAAUAUCGGCCGGUGGUCUACAGCAAUACAAUACAAUCCUUGGUAGCUAUUUUACGGUCAAUGCCAAAUCUCGGAAUUAGUUACGGAAACAACGAGAGGGAGAUCGACGGCAAAAUGGUAUUCGACGUUAUCCAAAGGAUGGAAGAUACAGAACCAUUUUCAGAAGAACUCUUAGCAGCAAUGAAAAGGUUAUGGGCUGACUCGGGAGUUCAGGAAUGUUUUGGUCGUUCCAACGAGUACCAGCUCAACGAUUCCGCCAAAUAUUUCUUAGAUGAUUUAAAUCGGCUAGGAGCAAAGGACUAUCAGCCAACGGAACAAGACAUAUUAAGAACAAGAGUGAAAACUACGGGUAUAGUUGAAGUACACUUUUCCUUUAAAAACCUUAAUUUCAAAUUAUUCGAUGUUGGUGGUCAGCGAUCGGAACGGAAAAAAUGGAUACAUUGUUUUGAAGAUGUGACUGCGAUUAUUUUCUGCGUAGCUAUGAGUGAAUAUGAUCAAGUGUUACAUGAAGAUGAAACGACAAACCGUAUGCAAGAGAGUUUGAAACUGUUUGACUCUAUCUGUAACAAUAAAUGGUUCACAGAUACCUCCAUUAUUCUCUUCCUCAACAAAAAAGAUCUUUUCGAAGAAAAAAUUAGGAAAUCGCCUUUAACGAUAUGCUUUCCUGAAUACGCAGGUGCGCAAGAAUACGGAGAAGCCGCAGCGUACAUUCAAGCCCAAUUUGAAGCGAAAAAUAAAUCGACAACCAAAGAAAUUUACUGCCACAUGACAUGCGCAACAGACACGCAUAACAUCCAAUUCGUCUUUGACGCAGUCACUGACGUUAUCAUCGCGAAUAAUCUGCGCAACUGCGGCCUCUAUUAAGCAACAUUUGUAAUUAUUCCUCUUCUCACAGUGACAAGGUGAUACACCCGGUAUAUAUAUACAUAUGUGUUUUUUUUGUUCUCUACGGGUCGUUCUGUGUCAGAUAGAAAAGAUUAAUUGCAAAAUAUCUAGACUUUUAGAAUAUAGGGCAUAUAAAAAAGUUAUGCUAGAAAAAUAAUAUUUAGUUUACUGGUGAUGUAACUCGUAAAAAUACCGUGUGAAAACUUAAACUUUUCGGAAUUAUAAAAAUGUAAUAUAUAGGGUGUCCCAAAUGUAGCGGAACGGUCGAAUAUCUCGCAAAAUAUACAUCAGACCAAAAAACUGGAAAAUACGUUUUCAAUAUUUUUCAAAAAUCUAUCGAAUGACACCAACACGACACCCCCUCCACACCCUGGAGGUUGGGUAGAGGGUAACUUUAAAAUCUUAAAUAGAAACCCACAUUUUUUAUUGCAGAGUCGGAUUGCCUACUCAAAAAUAAGUAACUUUUAUUCGAGACAUUUUUUCGAAUUGUGGAUAGAUGGCGUUGUAAUCGGAAAAAAUUAUUUAUCCUGAUAAGAGAUAACCUAGGUAAAUUAUAGAAACGGUCUAAUAUCUCGAGAAAUACACUCCCAAAUGAAAAUCCAAGAAACACAUGUGUAAUAUUUUUCAAAAACCUAUCGAAUAAUACUAAACACGACCCCCCACUGCAUCCCAUGGAGGUGGGGUAGGGGUAACUUUAAAAUCUUAAGUAGGAACCCCAUUAUAUUUGAAUACCUCCUAAGAAAGUUAGUAACAUUUAUUCGAGAAAUUUUAAAUUUGAUGAUAGAUGUUGUUCUGAAGCUAUUUUCUUGUGGCAUUUUUACAAUUAACAUUAUAAAUAGUUAAAAUUGAUGAUAGACGGCGCUAAUAAAUCUUAGUUUUCCAAUUACAGCGCCAUCUAUCAACAAUUCUAAAAAAUGCCUCGAAUAAAUAUUCCAUAUUUUUUUCACGAGGAAUCCAAAUCUGCAAUAAAAAACGGGGGUUCCUAUUUAAGAUUUUAAAGUUACCCCCACCCCACCUCCUUGUGAUGGGGGGCGGCUGUGUUUAGUAUUAUUCGAUAGGAUUUUGAAAAAUAUUAAACACAUGUUUUUUGGUUUUUCAUUUGGAAGUGUAUUUCUCGAGAUAUUAGGCCGUUUCUAUAAUUUACUUAGUGUAUCAGACUAAAUCGUUUUUUGCGAUUAUGGGGUCAUCUAUCCAAAAAUGUCUCGAAUAAAAGUUACUUAUUUUUCCACAAGGAAGAACUUCCUGUAACUGGCUGUAUACCAAUAAUUACAAAUGAAUUGAAUGAAAAAUUUCCUUUAUAAAAUGUAUAUUUAUUUAAAACCCCUUAAAAGGGCUACAAAUAUCACAGAACGUUUUGGCUCUCUAAAAAGAGCAUCAUCAGUGUUACAGGCUUGACAUGCUGAGCCACCCAAAAAUACAUAGGUUAAAACCUUUUAAAUGUUGACUAAAUGUUUUACAUUGUAAAAUUAAUUAUGAAAUCCAAAGGAUGGAUAUAAUCCCUAAGGAUAAGGCCUUGGGGCAGUAUACUUAUUUUUAGGUAAGGAAUCCAAAUCUGCAAUAAAAAAUGGAGAUUCCUAUUUAAGAUUUUAAAGUUACCCUCCCACCCCACCUCUAAGGGUGGAGUGGGGGGCCGCGUCUGGUAUCACUCGACAGAUUUUUGAAAAAUAAUUAUAUAAUAAGUAUUUUUCACUUUUUCGAUAGGAUGUUCAUUUCGCGAAAUAUUCGACCGUCUCGCUACUUUUGGGACACCCUGUAUAUAAGUCUACAUUAAUAUAUUCUCUCCUUCAGAUAAAUUCUAAAUUUUCCAUUUGUGAAAAUUGUAAAACAUUUAGACGAUUUUCUAAUGUGCGUAGCGAUUGUUUUAGAAUAUACCAAUAAGAGUUGUUAACAUAACAUAUCUAGUCAUACAAUGUUACCUUCAAAGAACUAAACUUCUUUAUAGUAUGGAGCUAAACAAUGGAAAUGGAACGAUGAUACCUAAUUUUAAGUGGGAUUUAAAAAGUAUUGUACAUUACAAAUACUAACUAGCCAUGAUACUAUAAAUAACAUUAUAGUAUCAUAGCUACAUUGAUAAGCGCAUUAGGAGCGUUGGUCCAUAAUCUAACAAAAAACAUCACGACAAAUUUCAUGAUAAAGCUAAUGAUUUUUAUUAUUAAGAGGUUUGUUUACAUCUAUGUACAAAGUUUUUAAAAAAUAAUUUUUUAUUUCUCAAUGCUAAACUCUUUAUGAGCACAUAUUGGUGUUGUCGUUCCAUUAUAUUCAAGUAUUAAGCUAAUAUGGUAAGCUGGUAAAGGUUUAAUGAAGUGCACUUCUAGAAGCUGCCAACUAGACAGUUUGUGAUAAUUCUCUUAAAGAGAGACCCUACCUGUCGCACUUGAAAGUAUCCUAACGUAUUCACUCAAUAAUGUCAAAAUCUACAUAUAAAUAUUAAAUAAAGAUUACCACUAUAAAAAUUGCAGAAAAUAAAGCCAGCAAAACUUGUUCAAUUAAACGAAAUUGCGAAUUUUUAUUUAAAGCUGAUUUUAUAACUUUAAACAUAACCUCACUUAACCUAAAAAGACAAGUCAUGUAUUCGAAUUGACUACCUUAAAAUUUGAAGUAUUUUAUAUUAAGAUUAAGGAAAAUAUAAAACAGUUAAUAUAGUUUAAACGAUAUUAAAAUGGCAUUCAUUUACAUAAUGAUCUUUUUAAAAUGCUUAUUUCGAGGUAACGCUUAUUCGAAGUAAGUACGGCAAGCUUGCAUUUACGAAGAAAUUUUGGGAUCUUGUGUUCCUAUCAAAUCAAACAAUCGGCCAAAUUUACAAACAAUUUAAAUUUAAACUUUGGUUAAUUAGUUUAAAACUAAAUUGAAACAUAGUUUUUGUACCAGCGAUAAAUAUUUUUGUUUGAUUCUGAUCUGUCUGAUACAGAAUGGCCCUUUUUUUGAACGCCUCAUACUCUCCAACUUUUGAUGAAUUGCAUCACUUUUCUUAAAGGGUGGAUAAAAUGGGGUAGCACAGAACUGUACCAAAGUUGAGUGAGAUGUUGAAAAUGUGUUCUUUUUGUUAAAUGAAGAUCAGUUGAAUAAUUAUUAGAUUGUAAAAAUCAUGAUGGAUGUUCUGAAAGCGAAAACACAGCAAAUUUAAUUCUAUUUUGUGUGUAAAAAUUAAAAACAUCGUAAAAAUGACAAACUAUGCUGCAGUGUGAUUUUUGUAAUUUAAAAAUUUAUCAUUGUCCUGACAGUUAGCUUAAUUUUAGCGCCAUCUAGUGGAUUCUUACCUGCGUUCACAAAUGCUCAUCAAACGAUGCGUUCAAUAGGGAUUUCUCUAGUUUUAAAACUUCCAAAAACGGAGUUUUGUUUGUUGUACUGUACACUGCGCGUCAUUAAAUAGAGGCCACCUAGAAUUUUUGGCAUUUUUUAAAACAUUACAAGAAAUUGAUUGUCAUUAGAUGUUUGUGUAAUGUUUCAGAAUACGUUCUAAAGCAUUAUGCAACCAUUUCUUAAAUACCAAAUGUCAAAAAAACACUUCUCCCAAAUUGAUGAUUUUAACGGAAAAUUUUAAUAAUUAACAUUGUAAAUUUUUUCUGUUUUCUUUAUAAAAAUUACCAUAAAGUCGUGAUUUUUAAUAUCCUGUAUACCACCUCUAUCUUGAAUUAAACUCCUCAUUCGACUUGGCAUUGAAUUGAUCAAAUUAUGGAUGUUGUCUUGAGGAAAAGCUUCUCAUUCUUCCAUGAGCGCCAACCGAAGCUGCUCACGAUUUAUUGGAGCAGGUAUUCUGUUUUUUACUCUUCGUUUGAGUUGGUCCCAAACAUGCUCAAUCGGGUUCAAAUCUGGGCUUUAAACCGGCCAAUUCAUUUUUGGCAUAUCGACGGUUUACAGAUAUAAGAAUAAAGUUUUCGCCCACAAAUCCAACAAAAGGCAUUACAUGCUCGUCUAGAAUUUCGAUAAUGUAUCGGUGAGCAUUCAGCACUCCUCUAUCAAUAAACACGAGAUCAGUACGCCUUUCGAAUGAAAUAAAGUGCUGCUGCUGGGCAGCGAUAGCCCUUAGACCAAAUUCUAUCAACCUUAUUCUCACUGUAGAAGUGCUUAAUGUCACCCAUGAGCAUUUUGAAAACGGUUUUGGAUUACUCUAGCAGUAAGGAUUCGAACGGUCUUCUCUAGCCGUCGUGAUUCUUCUUGCGCCUGAUCCUGGUCGCCAUUCGUGAGAUCCAGUCACUACGAAUCGUUCGUAUAUUUUUUGGACCAUACAACGAGUGACUCAAACCUGUCUGGCCACUUCUCUUUGAUUUAUUCCAUUAUCAAUCAAAAUAACAAUUUGAACAGAUCUAGCAAAUCUCUCGAGCAUAGUUUUAAAUUUAAAAAUUGCACAAGUUCACUCUUGAAUGAUUCUUGAAAAACAGAACAGCCCUAUUCCAAGAAAAACAACGUACAAACAAAAGGUGCAUUCUGCGAAGUCUUAAAACUGAUAUCAAUUAUGUGAACUUAUUACUCUUAAAUGACCCAUCGCCAUCGUUUAAGGGUGCCUGAAAGUGUUUCUGGAUUGUGGGAGUUUAGUUACAUAUAAUAAAUUUCAUAAACUUAAAAUUAUUGAAAAAUUGUAUGUGCCCUCUGUACGAUAAUUUGUACAUAUGUGAGAAUAUGAAUAUACUUUCAGUGGGUGUGGACUGUAGUUAGGAUUGCUAGGUUCAGGUGAAAAUAUAAAAUAUAAGGUUUUAUACAGACAAUAUUCAUAGUAUAAUAAAGUCUUACCAAGUUGUGAAACGUUGUAGAUCACUAGAGCCGUGGUCACACACGAAUUGAAUUUUGAUUGCCGCGCUGAUGUAUGCCGUCACUCGUGAAUACUGUUCGUGCACGUAUUGCUAUUGUUCGUUUCGGUUAACGGUUGAGAGCACAGUAUAAAGAGGUUCCAUACUGUGGUUGAGAGUAACAAAGAGAUUGAUGAGAUGUAUCGUCAAGAGAUGAGCGGUACCGACUUGAUCCGUCGAAAGAUCGUGGCGAAGAGAGAAAUUGCACCCUCGUUGCGGUACUUGUUGACCCUCGAACGGCUGAUGAUAAAGAGAUGGAUUUCUCCUGUCGCGAAUCCAAGUAUAUUGUCUGUCUGUAAGGGAUGAGGAGAGAGGGUAAGAAAUAUGAGGGAUAAAAUGGUACUAUUGAACAGGGCUGGCUUGAGUUUUAUUUAAGGUUAAGGGUUUUAAUAAGAGAUUAAACACAGUAAAAAAUAUAAUAAUAUUUUUGACAUGUGAAAAUUGAACAGCCUCUUUUUAAUGACGCGCAGUGUAUAAAAGCAGUAGUUUGUUUGAGCAUCAACAAUAAAAUAUGAUUCUAGACAUGGGAACGUAUAGAUAGGUAUAACAAGUUAGAUAGUGAAAAAAGUUAAACAUUUUAACAGUUUCUCUGUAGGAGUGUAAUUUUAAUUUACUCUCUAGUACGGUAACUUAAAAUACUCUCGGGAAUGAAUAAUGAACUAAAGAAACAUUUAUAAUUUUGCAAUAUUAAGUAGGAAGUAGAGUUCAAAAAACGGCAACUUUAUCAAAAGUUUAGGCGCGCGUGCAAAUCGUUCAUGCACAUGCGUCAAACCGUUUUCUACAGUUAUUUACUAGAGAAAAUAACUGUUUGAUUAUUUUUUAAAUUAUAACGCAAAUGGAAUUAAAAUUGCUGGGGUAUUCGCCGUAUUUUUUCCAAAAUUGGAAAAACUAAGUAAGUAGCUUUGUGCUUAAUGGAAGGUCUACAAUUUUUUGAACUCGAAAUCAGUUAUAAUUACCAUUUAAUGUUUUUAUCAAAAUGAAUGCACAAUAUGUUGAACAUACGCGCACAUUUUAACCGCUGGAUUUAUCAACAUUGUACAAAAACUUGAAACACAUUUUAACAUUUAUUUUUUUUUGUCUGAAGGAAAAAUUUGUAGUUAAUCAGUUAGUGUUAAUUUUGUGUAAAAGAAUUUGUGCCAUUAGAAGAGAUUGCAUUUAUUGUCUUUCGCUGAAAAGGGACUGGUAAUGUUAUUGUUAUUUGAAUACCAUAUAGGGCUAUUCAUCGGUGCUCAUUUGUUUUGAACACUUUAUCUAUGACAUAUUACAUAAUAUGUAUACGUCAUACAUCAUUGGUAUAUCCCAAUUACAUAGACCAAUGACAUAUGACGUAAAUAUAUUUUACGUCACAGAUCAAGUGUUCGAAACAAAUGAGCAACAAUGAACAGCCCUAUUCUUUAUAAAACAAGUGAGGUUAAUUUAAUUCAGAAUUCUUUGUAAAAAAGUGUUAAUGCUGUAGGUAAUAAGUUCACUAAAAUAUAUAAGGUUUGUUCCAACACAACGAAAAGUCGUCAUGAAACGAUCACGAAACUGCGCAGUAAACAAAAUAACCGAUGGAACGUAUUAUUUUGCUAUCUGCGCGCAGUUUCGUGAUCGUUUCAGGACGGUUUUCGUUGUGUUGGAACAAACCUAUUAAUGGUCACGAUCCCAACUAUAUUACUAUAAUCGGUUUGAAAAUUAUUGAUAGCACAGUUUUUACGACGCGGGUCAUUUGAAAGGUCAGAGGGAAAAACGAUGAAUGUCAAUUUUUGGUCAUUUUGCGAUUUUUGUGCAAUCUGUUAUCUUAGAAAGAGUACUAUUAACCUGUGAAUGACCAAGGGGAAAUAACGAUGAGAAUCGACUUAAAAAGACGUCAUAAGAUUGAACGCAAGGGGGAAAACAAUGAAUAUGUAACUUUAUUUCUCAUUUUACCGAAAAUGCUUCUAGAUAGACAUUCAUCGUUCUUCCCCCUGAUCCUUCAUUUGUAUUGUACGUUGCAUUGUAAGUAUUCGAAGUUUAUGACUUCGAGUACAAUGCAACAUACAAUAAUAGGUACAAAUGACAGAGUACAAUUGUCGGUGAGUAUUUCUAAACAUUAUCUCUUAUUAUAAAUUUUAGAAAUUUGCGUCUAUAUUCCUUGAUAUUAUAGUUGAAAACUAAAGAAUAUUCCUUUACAAAGCAUAAAAAUUAAUAUAUACUAUUGAUUAUUAUGUGCUUAUCAAAAACAUUCUUGUACGAACAACAUGAAAAAAAAUCUACUAAAAUCAUUACAUCCAUGAGUUGGAUCAACCUUAAUGAAUAUUUUCAAACAAGCUAAUAAUUUACUAGCAUAACAAGCAUUUCGAAUUUACUAAAAUAAAUUAAAGUGUUACUCGAAAAUUUAAAAAUAUGCUUGCAAGCAUUUUCUGGUCUCAGGGCUAUCAAUAAAUAACUGUCAAUCGAUUUAAUUUGUGAGAGACUACAAGCAUAAAAUAAAAAUUUUGUUAUUGACUGUACUAUUUAGAUAACAGAGACUUGCAUAAUAAAAUACUACUAGGACAAAUGCUUGAAGACGAUCAAUGCUAAAAAAACUAAGACUACCAAAAUAUGCUUGGAAGCAUUUGCUGGUCUCAGUGCAAUCAAUAAAUAAAGUUAAUGGAUUUUAUUUGUGAGAUACUACAAACAUAACCUAAAAAUAUUACUAUUGGCUGUACUAGAUAAGAGCAUAGUUUCUAUGGAUAAGAGAGACCUGCGUAAUAAAAUACUACUGGGACAAAUGCUUGAAGACGAUUAAUGCUAAAAAACCUAAGACUACCACGCUUAUUUAUCAAAUUUUACAAAUUAAGUUGUAAUAUAUUAAUGAUAGGAACUUUUAGCGGUUAUUAGAAGUGAAAUUAUUUUGCGAUAACUUGUAUAUCUAUGUUAGAAAACAACGUGUGAUCUUUUUGUUACCACAUCACCACAAUGAUCGGUUCCUUUUCUAGCGAAUCUUUAGUUAGGUAUGGUUAACAACACUUUUUUCGAUUACUUUGGGCUACUUUUUAUAAUUUACCGUUGUCUAGCUUUGCCAUUUUAGCAAAAGAUAUCCGAUCAAUCCAAAAAAGUGUUAUCCUAUACCAAAUUAUCAUGUAUUAAUUUUUUUUGUAAGUUAUUUGUUUUCUUUUAAAGUAUUUUUGUAAGUCUAAGUAAUGUUAUUUAUGUUUAUAUAAUUUUAUUAAGAUUAAAACUAACUUUAUUAGAUUUAUUACCAAAUAUUUUUACAAAUAUGUACCUAUAUGAGUAUACACCAGAACCAAAAUUAAUACUUUCAGCUCAAAAUAGCAUGCAGAUGACUUUAUUUAUUAAUUAUAUAGGCGAAAAUCUUUGUAUACUGAAUAAAGUAAUAAACAGGAAAUUUCUAUGAUUUUACCAAA